AUGGCUGCGGCUGCCUGUCCUGUUGCGUGCAUCACACAUGGCUUGGAGAAGCAGCUGGCAUUCCUCGACGCGGCUGCUGCUGCUGGCGCUGCCUCCACAGGAGCACCUACGGAUGCUGAAGGCCUUAUUGCUGCUUUGCAUGCGGAGGGAGAGGUGGUUCUCUCACAGGAACCACAACACAUCGCGCCUCCUCCUGCAGCAGAUCCGCAACUUCAACACGGCCCCCCCCAGCUGCAGCCUAUCCAGCAGCAAAUGCGUCCUCACGCGUGGCAACAGCAACAACACGCAGUGCAGCUACAGCCCAUGCAACACGCUUGGCAGCAGUCACCCCAACAGGAGGCUCCACAGCAGGAACUACACUACCCCGUCACAGCUGUAUCCACACCUGAUGUCAAAGAGGCACCUGUUGCCGCCCCUGUAGGCCCCUCUUUAUCAGCUGUUGCCUCGCAGUCAUCAGCAUCAGUCGCAGGAGGGGAUGCCGCUGUUGCAGUAUGGGAAAAAGGCGCACCAAGAGAAGGAGAAGCGUUAGAGGCAAGGCGAUGGAAAGCCAUGGAGACAGACGCACGAAAGGAGACAGCAGGACGAGACGGCCGCCCCUUACAGUUGCCUUUUAGGUUGUUGCUUAAACAUGCUGAUUGA